AUGGCUAGACGAAAGAAAAAAAGAACCCAUGUCAAAAUCGACGAAAGUGCCAACCCGGACGCGCCAAAAAUACCAAAGAGUUUUGUAUUAAGGUCCGGAAAAGUUGGGAAAACGGUAACUGCUUUAGUGCAAGACAUGCGUAAAGUUAUGGAACCCAACACGGCUGUACGACUUCGCGAACGUAAAAAUAAUCGCCUAAAAGACUUCUUAUCAGUAGCCGGUCAAUUUGGUGUAACACAUUUUCUGAUAUUUACUCGCACCGAAUAUGGAACAAAUUUGAGAAUUGCUCGGUCGCCUCGAGGUCCUACGUUGUGUUUCAAGGUGAAAAAUUAUUCUUUGACUAGAGAUGUGUUGGCAUCACAAUUGAACCCGAAAAGUCCUGGUGCAGAGUACCACACUUCACCUUUGCUUGUAUUAAAUAAUUUUGGCGGUGAUGAAAAGCAAAUCAAACUUAUGACUACGAUGUUUCAAAAUAUGUUUCCACCGAUUAAUGUGAAAACGAUGCAACUUUCAGAGGCGCGUCGCGUUGUUCUAUUCAGCUAUAAUUCCGAAACAAAACACAUCGAUUUUCGACACUACAGUAUUAAUGUAAAACCAGUAGGAAUCAGUAAAAGUAUAAAAAAAAUAAUUACUAGCGAUAAUAUGCCGGAUCUUCAUAAUUUAAAUGACAUUAGUGAAUUCGUUUUAAAAGAAGGGCAAAUUUCAGAAAGUGAAGCAGAAGAAAGUGACGUCGAAAGAAGUGUUAUCACACUUGCACAAGAUUUUGUCGGUAGAAAUAACAAAAAAUCUGAUCAGCGUGCUAUAAGAUUGACAGAAUUAGGUCCGAGGUUGUCGUUGAAAUUGGUGAAGAUUCAAAGUGGAUUGUGUGAUGGAGAAGUUUUAUUUCAUGAAUUUAUCUACAAGACACCAGAAGAAAUUAGACAAAUGGAAUAUGAGCGUGAACAGAAAAAGCAAUUAGCAGCAUUACGUCGUAAACAACAAGAGGAGAAUGUCGCAAAGAAAAAAGCUGAAAAAGAAGCUAAACAGCUUGUUACCGAUGAAAAAAAACAAAAACAUACUCGAACUUCUAAGCAGCAACAAAAUGAAAAUUAUUCAGAUGGCGACGAAAUUGAAUAUUACGACGAUGACGAUGAAAUUUCAGAUGAUUCUGUUAUAGAGGAUGAAAGUUAUUUGGAUGAUGAAUUUUCAGAUGUUGAUUGCGCUUUUAAACAGAGCGAUUAUAAUGCGGACAAUUUGUUUGAAGACUUAGAAAAUGAUGUUAGUAGUGGUAAUAAUAAUAGUCAUAAUAGUGAAUCAGAGAACGAUGAGGUUGAUGAACAAAUAUCAUCUACAUAA